AAGAUGGCCAGAAGUUGGAAACGUGUUUUAUUGGCGGUAUUUCUGCUGAUGUUCGGGGGUCUCACCUGGGCCGAGGACCAACAACAACAGACGCUGGAAGUUUCACUUGGUGGUGUUCUAGUUCUCACAUUUCAACCUUUUGACAGAAAUAAGAUGUUUCUUGUCAAAAGGAAGGAAGGUGAAGUUACUAACAUCAAGGUGCGGACCUGGAGUAGCUGGACUGCUGGGAGUGUUCCAAAUUUAACAGAUCAAGCAUCAGAUGACCCUGCGUUUGAUGGUCGGGUUGACUCGACGUAUGUUAAUGUCUCCAACACUCUCACAGUCCGAAUAAAAGACUUCCGAGCUGCCGAUACAGGGCUGGGCGUGUACUACGAAUUUCAACAAUCUGGUAGCAGAUCCUCAAAAUUCUACCCAAAUAUCAAAGUUCCUCCACCCCGUAUAUCCUCAUUCAACAUCACUGGUGUUGGGGAGGACAAUGUCAACAUCACUUUUCAGCAGGUGGAACCAUGGGACUCUGCACCUGUUAACUACUCUGUACAAUAUCAAGAGUUGGGUGCCAGCUCCUGGAAGGAGACAGAGAGUGUUCCCCAUGACCCAAACAUUCCAAGCCGGCAGAUUCCAGUGAAGGGUCUGAAGUCUGGUGUCAAGUACCAGUUCAGAGUCGUGUCUGCCAAUGACUUUGGGCGAAAUUACUCGCAUAUUGAGGAGGCUACCACCAGGAAAUCACAGAGAAGUACAGGAUUUGGAUUUAGCAAUGGAGCAAUUGCAAGCAUCGUUGUUUGCAUUCUUGUACUACUACUACUAGUAGCUGUUGCAUUUCUGUGUCAUCAGCAUCGAAAAAGAAACAAGAAGUGGUCAUUGCGAGACCGUCGAAGGGUCUACAACCCAGUCCCUCUGGAGGAAGGCCGUAAUGGACUGGAACUACAAGGUAUACAUGUGAAUGGACAUCAACCAGGUGCACCUAGACAGCCACUGCUUGCACCUGGACAGCAACCACCUGCAGCUGUACCACCAGCUGCACCUGGACAGCAACCAGAUGCAGCUGGAAAGCAACCAGAUGCACCUGGACAGGACCCAGGUGCAGCUGGACAGGACCCACCUGCACCUGGACAGGACUCCCCUGCACCUGGAAAGGACCCAGAUGCAGCUGGACAGGACCCUCCUGCAGCUGGACAGGACCCCCCUGCACCUGGACAGGACCCACCUGCACCUGGACAGCAGCCAGAUGCAGCUGGAAAGCCACCAGAUGUGCCUAGACAGGACCCCCUUGCACCUGGACGUGGACAGCAACCAGCUGUGCAGCCGCCACCACCUGCAUCUGCACAGGACCCAGGUGCACCUGGACAGCAACCAGAUGCAGCUGGACAGGACCCAGGUGCACCUGGACAGCAACCAGAUGCAGCUGGACUGCAACCAACUGUGCCUGGACAGCCAUCAGAUGGAGCUGGACAGGACCCAGAUGGUGCAUCAGAUGACCGCAGCAUCAUGGAGCUACCAGAGCACCAUUCUGAGCCAGGAGGAGGACGUAGCCUUCGAGCAGAACCAGACCUUGUUGAGGGAUCUCCUGUCAAACCCCGGCCCCAAACGAAUGGACCAGACAUCCAGACUGAUGCUGUCCCCUCAAAUUUCAUCUGCUUCUAA